AUGGAUCAAUGGUUAAAAACUGGUGCAAUAAAAAAACUAGACCAAGUUGGAGAAAAUAUUCAUUUAACAAGUAUAUCUCAAGACUUAGCUAAAGAUUUGUUACAACAUACAGAAAAUGCACAGUCUUCAGUUCUUCAAAAAGGUAAAAAGAGAAAAUACACUGAUGAAUAUGUAAAAUAUGGAUUUUCAUAUGUAGGAGAUUUUGACUAUCCUAAACCUAAGUGUAUUGUGUGUGGUGAAAUAUUGUCGAAUAGCUGCAUGAAACCUUCUCUGCUCUUGAGACAUUUAGAAACAAAACAUGCCGAUUAUAAAAAUAAAGGAUGUGAUUUUUUUAAACGUUUAGCUAGAAAUAAUGAGAAUACAUCGAUUUUGACAUCAUACAUAAAGCCAGCUAAUAAAGAUAACCAAAACGCGAUUGAAGCUAGUUAUCGUAUUGCAAAAUGUGGUAAGAAUCAUACAAUAGCUGAAAAUUUGAUUUUUCCUUGUAUAAAAGAUACCGUUCAGUGUAUGUUUGGAGAAGAGAACGUAAAAAAGAUAAACAGUAUUCCUCUUUCAAAUAAUACAAUUUCUCGUCGAAUUCAGGAUAUGUCUGAAGAUAUUGAGUUGACAGUAAUAGAUAGAAUAAAAAACAGUAACAUUUUCGCUAUUCAAGUUGAUGAAAGCACCGAUGUUACCAAUUUCGCAGUUUUACUUGUUAUUGCAAGGUAUUUAAAUAAUAAUGAAGUCGAAGAAAAUGUUUUGCUUUGUCAUUUAUUGUCUGAACGCACAACUGGUGAAGACAUAUUCAAUGCUAUUGAUUUUUAUUUCAAAAAAAUGAGUAUUAAUUGGUCCAAUUGUUGUGGACUAUGUACCGAUGGUGGAAAGUCAAUGUCGGGUAUAUAUUCUGGUCUUCGAGGUCGCGUUAUGAAAAUAGUUCCUAAUAUAAACUGGAGUCAUUGUUGUAUUCAUCGACAGAGUUUAGCAUCUAAAAACCUUCCAGGGGAACUAAAACUCGUUCUUGAUGAAGCUGUUAAAUUAGUUAAUUUUAUAAAAGCAAGGUCUACAAAUUCGAGAAUAUUUAAAGCUUUAUGCGAAGAAAUGAUGAGUCCUCAACUCAAGUUUACUUUUUCACACAGAAGUUAG